ACAAAUGAUCUUUUAGACUAAACUCCCAAACACUUCUCCCCCAAAUUAUAUUGAUGCUUUUUAGCCAUUUAUACAUAUAAUAAAUAUAACAUAAAUAUAUAUAUAUAAUAUAAUAUAUUAUAUAUAUAUGGCGGAUGAUUCAGGUCUAAGGAGAUGUUUAGUAUGUUUAGCUAUGAUAAUGGUUGUAACAGGAUUAUACACACAUUCAUGGAAAAAAACAUGUGUUACAUAUAUAUUUGGAAUGUUUGGUAUAUGCGGAAUUAUUCUUCCUGAUUGGGAAUUCUUUGAUCGUCCUGUUUCUCAAUGGACUUCACCUUUGUCUGUCCCUCUACAUCCUCCUCACAUACCUCCCCCUCCAUCCAGGUUUAGGUUCUAUCCUAUGAGAACAAUUAUUUACGCAAUGGUAUAUGGGUAUGCUUUCUAUCAAUGGUGGAUGUACAUAUCAACCUAAGCUAGAAAGGGAUUUUCAACAUAAGCUCCAUGUGUAAGUGAACUUACUUACUAGAGAUAGUUGGCAGGAUUUGACAGGCAUGACAUAUAUCUUGAUGUUCUCAUUAAUUCUUGUUUACCCUUAAUAGUUGUCAAGGGCCUUACUUUCUUAAGCUUUGCCCUUCCUGUCACAUUUGUGUAUAUUCGGGCAUGUAAUCAAUCUUAGCCAAAGGGACAUAUAUAGUUUAUUGUAUUUAUAAGAGAACUCGUUGGAUACUGAGUUACUGAUGAUGAUGAUUAUUUGUCC